AUGAAUUUCUCAACGUACAGCAACAUCACCCAGACUAAAGUGAAGGACCCGUACACAAUAACUGUGACCAAAAAUGUGAUUGUUGUGGCUUUGUACUUCUCCAUCAACUACAUUAAUGGCACACUUGUCCACACUUUCCUCAAGCAUGAGAUCUUCAAUGAGAAUCCUCGAUACAUCCUUUUUAUCCAUAUGGUCAUCAACGACAUGAUCCAGCUAACAACUGCUGUGUUGCUUAAUCUCAUUUCCUACAUUUUUUAUACAAUCAACGUGUCUUUCUGUGUCUUCCUUUUAAUGAUUGCAGUGUUCACCACCCUCAACACUCCACUAAAUCUGGCCGGGAUGGCUGUGGAGCGCUACAUUGCUAUUUGUAACCCGUUACGCCACACACAGAUUUGCACUGUGCGCAGGACAUACGUCUUAAUAGGACUGAUUUGGGUCUUGGGGGCCAUCACCAUUCUUCCUGAUCUGUUCUUUCUGUUAGCCACUGAGCCUUUAUCAUUCUUUCUUUCUAACAUCUACUGCAGUCGAGAUUCCAUGUUCCGCCAUCCAUACAUGGUGGAGAAGAGAAACAUUUCACACUUGGUCUAUCUGUCUUUUGUAUGGCUUACUUUGGUCUAUACCUACUUCAGGAUCAUAUUUACUGCCAAGGCUACUGGUGCAGACGCCCGGAAGGCCCGCAAUACCAUCCUCCUGCAUGGCCUGCAGCUUCUGCUAUGCAUGUUUAUGUACAUUGGCCCACUAAUCGAGAGUGUGUUGAUUUCUCUCUUCCCCAUGCUUUUACAUGAUGUACGAUUUACAAUUUAUAUCUUUGUCCACAUUUUGCCCAGGUUUAUAAGUCCUAUUGUGUAUGGUUUGAGGGAUCAGAUGUUCUGUGCAUAUCUGAAAAGACACCUGUGGUGUAUUAUGCUGAAAGAAAGUAAAAAAAGACAAACACAACCCUCCUAA